GCGACGCGCACGUCCGCCGGGCGGCCUCCCGCGCCCUCGCGGACGUGGCCGCCCCUGGCGACAGCGUGGCGCUGCCCGCGCUGGCGCGCGCGCUGCGCGACGACGACGGCGAGGCGCGCUGCGAGGCGCGCGACGUGCUGGAGGCCCUCGCCGCAGGCGAGGGCGCCGAGCUCGCCGUGGCGGAGGUGCUGCAGCUGCUGCGCGCGGAGCAGCCCCCGCGGACCAGGAGCGCGGCCCUGCGCGUGCUGUCGCGCGUGGGGGGCCGCGGCAGUGCAGGAGGCGGGCUGCACCUGGUCCUCGGGCUGUUGGCCGACCCGGACGACACGGUCCGCUGGGAGGCGGCAAAGGCCGUGGGCAAGGUGGCGCCUCUGGGAGACACCGGCGCCGUGGCUGCGCUGUUGGCCGGCGCCAGCGACGAGGAUGAGGACGUCCGCGAGGGUUGCUUGGACGCCCUGUCAGCGGCUGGGGGCCCCAGCGCGGCCAUUGCGGCAGCGGCGGCCGACGCGCUCUCCGACGGCGCGGAGUGCGUUCGGGCGGCCGCGGUGCGCUGUUUGCGGGGGUGCGCGGCGGCGGAGGCCGCAUCGAUUGGGGGGCUUGUGGUCCGCGUGCUCCCUCUGACUGAGAGCGAGGAUGAGGGCAUCCGCGCCGUGGGGCUGGAGGCGCUUGCUGCAGUGUCCACGCGCGGGGAGAGCCAGGCGGUCGCCGCGGCCCACGCUUGCCUCGAGGACUCGGACGAGGACGUGCGAGCAGCAGCCGUGUGCGCCCUUGCGGCCCUCGCGCCGCUGGACGAGGGGCGCGCCCACCUGUCGCUUAUCUUGGGCAGGCUCGCCGCGGACGGCGACGAGGACGUUCGCCAGGCAGCUGCUGCGGCGGUGGCGACGCUCGCCUGCGCCGCGGACGACGAGUCUGUCCGCUGCCUCCUGCAGACGCUGCGCGGCGAUGAGGACACUGGCGUGAGGUGUGCCGCCGCAGCGGCGCUGGCCACAGUUGCUGCCAAAGGCGACGAGACAGUUUUGUCGGCGCUCAGCGAAUGCUCGGGGGACGCGGAGGAGGAGGUCCGGAAGGCGUCGCUGGCGGCCGUCGUUGCCCUUGCAGGUCAGGGUAGCGGCACGGUCUGGAGCAUUGUUGAGCCCCUCCUCUCGCACGCCGAGGCGGACGUGCGCCGCUCGGCAGUGGAGGAAUUCGCGAGCUGCAUGGGCGUAGGCGCCAGCGCCUGCUCCCAGGCAGAGGCGCUGGCCAGCAAGCUGGAGGACAAGGACGGGGGUGUCCGCGAGGCGGCUGUCGCGGCGCUGGCAGAGCUGGGCGCGGCUGGCGGCCCCGGCGCGGAGCAGCCACUGCGGGCGACUGAGGCGCGCUUGACCUCGGCCGCGGCCCCAGAGGUGCGGGCGGCGGCGCUGGAGGCGCUCGCGAAGAUGGCCGAGGUGGGCGCGACGGGGGCCACCUUGGCGCUGCUGCGGGGGCUUGAGGACCGUGACGGCGAGGUGCGGGCGGGGGCCGCCCGCCUGGUGGGCGGCCUCCAGGCCGCCGGCGCCCAGGCCGAGGCCGCCCGCGGCGCCGCCCUGGCGGGGUGCGAGGCGCUCCUCGGCGGCGGCUCCAGUGGCGCACGGGUCGCCGCCGUGAGCGCGCUGGCAGGGCUGCUGCCGCCCGGCGGCCCCGCCGGCCGCGCGGUGGCGGAGCGCUGCCUCGCGAGGGGCGAGCCGGCGGCGCGCCGCUCGGGCCUCGAGCUGCUGGGCGCGCUGGCGGGGCCUGGCUGUGCCCAGGGCAUCCGCCUGGCCGCCGCGGCGCUCGGGGACCAGGAGGAGAAGGUGCGGGACGCCGCCGUGGCGGCGCUGAAGAGCAUCGUGAAGGGCAACGGCAACCGGAUGGACAUCGGCGCACUGCAGGGCAGCGACGUGCUGGCCUCGGCGCUGUGCCUCGUGCGGCGGUGGCUGGCGAGCCCGAGCGCGGAGGUGCGCUGCUCGGCCGUGGAGGCCGUGGCGGCAGCGGCGCCCAGGGGCGAGGACAGCGCGGUGUCGACGGUGCUGCCCAUGGCCGAGGACGCGGACGCCGACGUGCGAUGGACCGUCAUGGGCGCCCUGGGGGCCCUGGCUCCAAAGGGCCACGAGGGCGCCGUGGCCGCCAUCGCGCGGUGCGCCAAAGACGACGACGAGCAGGUGCGCAUCGCCGCGGUGGACGCCCUGGCCGAGUGCGCCGCACUGGGGUGCGGCGUGGACGUCGAGGCGCUGCUGAAGGAGAGGCUGGAGGACUCGCCGGAGGUAGCCCGCUCCGCGAUGAGGGCGCUCCUGGUGCUGUGCACCGACAAGCAGUCGGCAGCCGUGAUGCAGGCCGCAGGCGCGGCACGCGAAGGAAAGAGUGCGGCGACCGCUGC